GGACAUUUAAAGUAACACCGCUGAGGCUUUAAAGCAGAACUUGGGAGGUGUAGGACUGGAGCAGGAGGUCCACCAGAGGGGCAUCUUCUCACCAACAGCAUCAUGAGCUGGUCUAAGGACUUACAGACAGCUGCCAAGGACCCGCCAGCACUACUGGGACCUGCUGGCCUGAGACUGGCCUGGCCCAGGGCUCUCGCAGAAGUGACAUGAGAAGCCUCCGACCCGGCGAGAUGCUCUGCAGAUUCCUGCGGCAAUAAGAGGGAAUUCCUCCGGAGUCUGCACUGUCGGAGCAGCUGAGAGGACGGCGGAUUCCUCCUUCCACAGCAAUUCCAAGCAGCAGCAGCACGCCAGAGGCAGAGGAUGUGGGGAGUCGGCGCUAUGCUCACGGGAUGCGUGCUAAUCCUUGGAGCGACGGGCACAGACCACUUGUACCGCUCAGGGCGGCGGAUCUGCUCAUCUAGCGGCCAAACUGGAGCCGUGUCCAUGACGCAAUCCUAUAUCCAACCGGUGUACCAGCCGCUGAUCACCGUGUGCGGGGGGCAUAGGAUCUGCAGCACUUACAGGACAACGUACAAGAUUUCCUACAGACAGGUGCCUAGGCCGCAGUCACUGCCGCUAUAUACCUGCUGCCCAGGCUGGCGAAGGACGCAGAGUUACACGCACAGCUGCAACAAAGCGUCAUGCCGAUUACCCUGUCAGAACGGAGGGACCUGUGUCGGUGUAAACAGGUGCGGCUGCCCGGCGGGGUGGACUGGAGAGCGAUGCCAGACAGAUGUGGAUGAGUGUAAGGCUGGGAGCCACCAGUGCUCACAAAUCUGUAAGAACGCCGCCGGAAGCUUCCACUGUGCGUGUCGGGAGGGAUUUUCUCUUUCCGAAAAUGGGAAGUCCUGUCACAAAGUGGCGACCACCCAGCCACCCCCCCCACCCCCAGUCAUGAAUGCGACAGGGGUCCCGGACGCUGUCCAGCAAGAGAUGCAAGAGCUGAGAAACAAGAUCAAUGUUAUAGAGCAGAAACUGCAGCUGGUUCUGGCUCCAUUCUACAGUUUAUCGACUGCGUCCCCUGGGGAUGGUCUGGGACCCAUCGCCUUGCUGACGCACUCCUUCCAGCAGCUGGACCGUAUAGACUCUCUCAGCGAGCAGAUCUCUUUCUUGGAGGAGCGGCUGGAGACAUGUUCCUGCAAGAAUGAAGUGUGAGCGGCUGCAGCGUCGCACUGGGAGGAGUGUAGCUGUGUACCCCCAGGACACUAUUCUGUACCUCAAUACACGCCAAGGGAACCGUUCUGUACAGUCACGUAUGCAAAGAGACAACGCUGCAAUGUUAUUUAAACCUUUCCUGUAUAUAGUGUAGAAUACGUUUCCAGCCAGACUGUAUUUCCUCACGUCUGCAGACAAUAUGGGAGACCUACAUUGAAUACGACAGAAGGUAACUCGCCAGGCACCUGGGAGAUUUAGUGUGACCUGGCCGAGCAAACUUCACGCGCACGUGUGACGCCACUUGUGCACAUAACCACACGUAUUAAUAAAAUAAUGAAGAUAAUAAUAAUCCUACGCAGCUAGAUACACCAAUGGACAUGUGGCAAUGGCGCCGGCGCUAUAGUCACUGAACGCUCAUUUUUCCUAUCUGGCGAACGUGCCGCCAGUUGUUCCUUACACGUCAGGGUGGCCAUGUUUUUGUAGUCCAAGACCUAGAUUCCAUUGAUUUAAUCUCAUCUUUAUUUGAUGAGUUCUUAGAAUGAUUGGGCUCCGUCCGCUAUUCCCAAAAGGUUCUCCGCAGGACGGCGCACUCCGGCCCAUGUCACAUGCAUCAUGACAUCGCCCAAUUAGCACCCAGUACCACCUCUUGGAUCUUUAGUGCCCGCCCACUGCUGCUGUUACUUGUGUCGGUAAACUAGUUUCCCGGUUCUAUGCAAAGCGAGUGUCACUGGUCCAACAAGAAACACGACGGAAUCAAACGAUCUGCUUCUAAUUGCAAAGUUUUAUUAUUCUUUUAUUUUCCACAACAUUAAACAAAAGAAAUCAUUUUUACUCAUUUAAUGAGAACACAGCAGAUAUUUCUUAUGUUGGAUCAGGCGACGAAACCUCGUUUGUGCCGAUUACAGAGGAUCAAACACUCAGUAUCUUCUCUUCAAAAUGUGAAGACUAUUUUUUUACAUGGUACAAUAACUGCGUUUUGUAGAAGAAAAAACUUGUAUUGUGUGUUAUAUUUGUUAAUAAAGUUGCAUUUUGUGUUUUUUUAAUAAUAAAAAAGGGGGGAAAAAAACCUCACAACCGCA